CUGAAAGAAAAGCUGCGCAAAAAAAGUGCGGAGAGAACGAACAAAUUUCUGAGAUACAGUCUACUAGUCUGUCUUGUACUGUAACUUUGGUAGAGUCUUUCUCUCCUUCUUGACAACACCUUAUCUCAUACUACUACCCGUCCUCAGAAACAUCCUAAGAACCAAGGAGUCUUUCUUUUUGGUAUCUACCACUAACGAGCACGGAGUACUAACUCUCUUACUCUCGAGACUGCCGAAUAACCCCCAGGCGAGCGGACCUAGUUAGCAAACACGACCACAACCCCAACCUCAGCCACGACUACGAUUUGAUCUCUGCGUGACGAUCCCUUUCCUUCUGGUGCAGUUUUGAACGAGAGAGAGAGAAAGUGACGAGGUGGUCUAAGAAGCGGAAAGAACAAAACCCACACACACGCACGAUACACAAUACACCCCCCCAAAAAAAUGGCCAAAGAAAAGUCGACGGAAAAGUUGGCCAAGGAAGAGCGCAAGGCAGCUCGCAAGGCGGAAAAGAGGGCGUCGAGGAGCAGCGUCGCCGAACAACCUACCGGUGUGACCAAGACCAAGAGCGACAAGAAGGACAAGAAGGAGAAGCGCAAGGUGUUGGCGGAGAAGGUGUUGAACUCGAUCGACGACACCAAACCCCCCAAGGGAGACGGCGAGAGUGACGGUGAGGAAGCUGAGGAUGUGGAAAUGGACGGUGAGACCGAGGUCGAAGGAGGAAGGAAUGUCCACAAGACUCAAAACGCCGCCCUCGCGACGAAACCGACCGGACCGCUGGUACCUUUUGCGAAUCCUCUGGCCGACGAAAAGGUUGCGAAAAAGGUGUUUAAAGGUGUGAAGAAAGCCGCGGCACAACGGACCCUGAGGAGAGGUGUCAAGGAGGUGGUCAAGGCACUACGCAAAUCUCCCGUCUCAAACUCUUCCGAACCUCUACCCAUCGGUGUCGUCGUCUUGGCCGCCGACAUCUCCCCCAUGGACGUCAUCUCCCACAUCCCCGUGUUGGCAGAGGACCACAGCAUUCCCUACAUCUACGUGACGAGCCGGGCGGAGUUGGGUCUGGCGGGGCAGACGAAACGACCGACCAGCGUGGUCAUGAUCAGUCGUGACGUGGGCAACAAGAAAAAAGGGGGCGACUCUGGAAAGGCGGCGGAAGACGACGGAGAGUCUUGGGAAGAGACGUACAAGUCUCUGGUCAAGGUCGUCGAGAGGGAGGGUAAACACGUCAAGAUUUAGUUUCUGUUUUUGCCCACCCUACGCCCGUACUCGGUACACCUUUUGGGUCCAUUGGCCGUGCCUGUCGUCUUGUAACGAGGAAUGGAUUUUGUCUUGUCGAAAUUUCCAAUCUCCUUUGUGCCUUUUUUCAUGAGUGCUGGGGAUUGAGAAAUAUGGUACAAAGAGGCCGAUCAAAGCGAGGAACGAGAGACCAUGAUUUACAUUGUUGGAGUGCCAAAUGUGACUGGAUUUUGUCUUUUUGGAUGCGGGCGUUUUGAGGAACUGGAUGGAAGACGAAUCCGAUCGAGGGAGUCAAGAUGGAAUACCAAGGGCCAGAGAGAAAACAUCGUCAGCAGUCUAGUCAUAUGAGAUCAAAAUCAAGGGUGGGAACUUCACGCAUCACAACUGUGUGCAGUUUGAGAAGUGGUAUCUUAAAAAUCUCGCCAAAGGCCUCAAGUCAAGACAGCAUAUUUGUAUGAAGAAUCGGAGCAAUCGGAC